AAAACACCCUGGCGUUUGCUUUUCCUGCUUCGCUCAUCCGCGGCGCAUCAGCAGCCCGGAGAUGUCCCUGACGCUCGGCGCGGACAGCAGAGGAAACCCCGGCGCUCUGAGCUCCUUUGGUCGGUUCGCACAGCGGCGGAGAGACGCUCCUUCUUCUCGGUGAAAGCGUCCUCGUUACGGGCUCAAGGAUGAACAGCAUUCAUACGCGGGUGAAGAGCAAGAGGACCGAGCAUCACCUCGGAGCGGAGAGGGACCACUUUGACAAGCAGCAGCUCAGCAGCAUCAGCAAAGCCAUCAACUCCACAGAGACGCCUGUGAAGGAGAAACAUGCACGACGAAUCAUCUUGGGGACACACAGGGAGAAGGGAGCCUUCACCUUCUGGUCCUAUUCACAGGGUUUCCCUCUGGGCACCAGCUCCCUGCUGUGCUGGAAGUUCUGCCACGUGCUGCACAAAAUCCUGCGGGACGGCCACCGCAAUGUUCUUCAAGACUGCAUGCGACAUUACGAUUCUCUAGCUGAAACUGGGAAAGUAUGGAGCCACCUCCAUGACAAAUAUGGACAGCUAGUGUCUCUGUAUAUCAAGCUGCUCUGCAAAAAGAUGGUGUUUCAUGCUAAGCAUACGGAUAUCCCUCCGAACCUGGAGGUGACCGAUGAUGUGCUGGAGCGCGCUGCGGGGACGGACAUUAAUAAUGUGUUCCAGCUCACAGUGGAGAUGUUCGAUUACAUGGACGUAGAGCUGAAGCUGGCCGAGACAGUGUUGCGCCAGCUGAACUCCUCGAUCGCGGUCACCAGCCUCACAUCGGGCCAGUGUCGCCUGGCUCCGCUCAUCCAGGUCAUCCAGGACUGCAGCCAGCUCUACCACUUUAACGUCAAGCUGCUUUUCAAGCUGCAUGCCUGCCUGCCUCCUGACACUCUACAAGGACACCGUGACCGUUUCCGUGAGCAGUUUACCAGCCAGAAGAACUUCUUCAACAGAGCCAGAGAGAUGGUGUAUUUCAAGAGGCUGAUCCAGAUUCCCAGGCUGCCUGAUUCUCCCCCAAACUUCCUGCAUGCAGCAGCGCUGGCCAAACACGUGAAGCCGGUGGUUGUCAUCCCUGAAAACGACGAGCAACCAGACGACGAUGACGACGAACCAGAGCCGCUCAUCGAGGUCAGCGACGCCCCAACGCCCAGCUUGCAGUCUCAGCCACAGGUGGACAUAUUUGAUCAAGCAUUUGGACCUCCAAAUGGAGGCUUUGACGAGAGAGAUCUCCAGAUUGAAAGCCUGAAGUCAGAACUCGAGCUGCUAAGAAUGGAGCUCGAGAAAGUCAAAGCAGAGGCUCAGCGCUACGUCACACAGCUUAAGUCCCAAAUCAACAGUUUGGAGGCCGAGCUGGAGGAGCAGCGCGUGCUCAAGCAGCGGGCCCUGGUGGAAAACGAGCAGCUGCGCAUGGAGCUGGAGGCAACCCGCCGCCGGAACGCGGAGCACGAGAGCUUACAGAACACCUUCCUAGAGGCAGACAGAAAGGCACAAGCCACCGAGCAGCGAUACAAUAAACUGAAGGAGAAGCACACGGAGCUGGUGGCCAGCCAUGCCGAACUGCUCCGCAAGAGUGCAGACACGGUGAAGAUGCUGUCAGCCACCCAGCAGACUCAGGAGGAAGUGGAGAGGACGAAGCAGCAGUUGAGCUUCGAGGUGGAACGGGUCAGACAGGAGGCCGAUUUGAAGAUGGAGGAGCAGAAAUUUGAGAUGGAGAGGCUGAAAAGAGAGCUGGAAGAGAAGAUGGCAGAGGUGACGCGGGUUAAGGCGACUCUGCAGAGCAGCGAGAUGACAUCGUUGGAAGUGAACAACAACAUGACGGCUCUGCAGGCGGAGAAGGAGCGUCUGAUGCGAUCUGUGCGAGAGAAGGAGGCGGAGCUGUCAUCUCUGCGGCAGGAGGCGCAGCUGCAGCAGUCGUCGCUUCAGCAGGAACGGCAGAGGAGCAGCAGGGAGCUGGGAGAGCUGCAGAGCAAGCUGAAGGAGAAGACCAGUGUGGAAGAGCAGAUGAAGAAGAAGCUAUUGGAGGAGCAGUUCACUCUGCUCCAAGGCACCAUAGCGGAAGCUGAGAACAUCAUCCAAGACGCUGUUGCCAAGCUGGAUGAUCCUCUGCACAUACGCUGCACCAGCUCUCCAGAUUACCUCAUAAAUCGGGCAGAGGCCACGCUGGGCUCCAUUGACAAAAUGAAAAAGGGACACGCGGAUUAUCUGCAUAACAUGGAGGAUGCUGGCGGACUGCUCAGGUCUCUGACCCAGUUCUCCCACUUGGCUGCGGAGACGAUCGUCAAUGGCAGCGCUACAGCACACAUGGCACCCACUGACCAAGCAGAUCGACUGACGGAGAACUGCAGAGGCUGUGCCACUCAGAGUCUGCAGUACCUAAAGGAUCUGAAAGCCAAGAACACCCUGCAGAAGGCGGAUCCAGCUUCUGUUCGAGUGAUUGUCCAGAAGAUCCUGCACCUGGGUCAGGAGCUGCGGCCGAAGGGCAUGGACAUCCGUCAGGAAGAGCUGGGGGAUCUGGUGGAUAAAGAAAUGGCAGCAACAUCGGCAUCAAUUGAGGAGGCUGUACGCAGGAUUGAAGAAAUGAUGAACCAGGCACGAAAAGACACGUCAGGAGUAAAACUGGAGGUCAAUGAAAGAAUCCUCUACAGCUGCACAGAUCUGAUGAAGGCCAUCCGCAUGCUGGUCGUAGCGUCCACAGACUUGCAGAAGGAGAUCGUGGAGAGUGGGAGGGGUGGAGCAAGCAUUGGGGAGUUCUACGCCAGAAACUCUCGCUGGACCGAGGGACUCAUCUCCGCUGCCAAGGCUGUGGGAUGGGGAGCCACGGAGUUGGUAGAGUCUGCCGACAAGGUCGUGCUGCACACGGGUAAAUACGAGGAGCUGAUCGUCUGCUCGCAUGAGAUCGCCGCGAGUACAGCACAGCUGGUCGCUGCUUCAAAGGUUAAGGCCGGCCGCAGCAGUAAGAGGCUGGGCGUUCUCCAGCAGGCUUCUCGUCACGUCAAUGAGAUGGCGGCUAAUGUGGUGGCCUCGACAAAGACGGGCCAAGAAAACCUGGAGGAAAAAGCUCCCAUGGACUUCUCUGGGAUGUCUCUCAUCAAGUUGAAAAAAGAAGAAAUGGAGUCACAGGUGAAAGUGCUGGAACUGGAAAACGAGCUGGAGAACGAGCGUCUGCGUUUGGGUGAGCUCAGGAAGAAACACUACGAUCUGGCCAUCGUGCCUCUGGAGCAAGUCGCCAAGGAGAACGGAGACACGCCGUCGCUGGUCCAGCCUACCCGUCCUCUCAGCAUGUCCCCCAAACCCAGCAAGCCUCCCCUCGGGAGGAAACCCACGCUCUCUCAAAAACCCAACAUACCAUCUAAACCUCCGCUCAAGUAAAAGCAGAUGCAGAGCAUGAGAAUGCGUCACCGCUGGAUGGAGAGAAGAAACGGACGGCCUUUUUUGUGAAUAUGCAGCUCUUUUUUUUGUGUUGCAUACUGACAAUCCAACGUCAACCUUCUCAUCAUUUUCCUUUUUAUUCUUCUUUUCAUUCCUUAUUUGCCAAAAUGGCCCAGAAGCCAAUUUUUUUUUUAUCUUAAAAUGCCUGUAGGGAAUGCUGUUUUAUUCCUGUUUUCCCUUUAUAUUUUUAAUGUUUGAUAUUGAGAACAUUUUAUUGUAGGCAUUUCUUUAAAUUAUUUUCUGUAUUACUAACAAUUUAAAACUACUGCUCCUGUUUUUUUUUUUCUAGAACGUAAAGUUCAACCUAGUCAGAUUUAAUCAUAUCAUGCCAGCCUUAUUGCACACUCUUAGAUCACUGUUUUCUUAUUAUACUCUGUUCUGUAUUGUUAUUUAUGUUGUAACAUGGUGGUUAAUGGAGACUGGGGAAUCACUUAGUGUGUGUGUUCACGUUAUUACCGAAGUCUGGUAUACCUCUAGCUUUGCCUUUUGUGUGCAAAUUUGCAGUUUAUUUGUCCUUAACUGAACAAGACUGUGUCAGAGGCCUUGAAUAAUACUUCAUAGAUGUGUUAAGUAUUGCCUGUAAAGAUAUACAGUCUGUACAGGAGACUGGUACUUACACUACGCUUAUCUCACGAAUGUCCCUUUACAAGAGGAGAUACGAUGUUAAAGCAUAGAUAGACCCAAAGCUUGCACAAAUAUAUCAGCUGUAGGUGUCCUUAAUUAUCAAACGCUUCUUGUAGGCUGAAUAAAUAGAUUUAAGGUUAGUCGAUGAGCAACUUUCAGGGUGUCUCUUUGAGUCUGGGAGCGUUUCCUACAGGGUCUUAAAAUGCAUCUCUUGUGUUCCGUCCUCUCCUCUUUAAGAAUGUCUUUUUACUCUCAGAUCUAUUAAUAUAUAUUUUAGUAAAGAUAAUGGUGUUUUAUUUCCUUGUAAGAAGUGUAAAUGUCACACAAAUAAACAAUAAAUGUUUGAUUUAAUGAA